UUUACAUAGAUUCUUGAUAAAAGAAGAGUCUUUGUGUUCAAGAAAAUCCAAAGGAUAAAUCUUUUUCUUUUGUUCAUUACAAAGUUUUGUUUCUUUUUCAAGAAUACAGACAUGGGGUUUUCAAAGAAACAUCAAUUAGUAGAUGGAAGCAAAGAAGAGAACAAAAUGUGGGUAAUUGCUGGAAUAGCCUUUAGGCCUAAACUGAAAUCAAUAUCCACAAAGCCAAAUAAAGAAGAAUUUAAAGACGAAGAAGAAGAAAGGUCAACAACUCCAACAGCAAGAGAUUCAAGGAUACCGGAAAAACUUCCAUGUCCACCGGCUCCGGUGAAGCGCCGGCCUGCAUCUACGUGUCAUUAUAAUGGUGCCAGAGAGUUCUUUAAUCCACCAGAUCUUGAAUCUGUGUUUAUUAUUCGACAUGUGGAGAGAGCAAAUUAUUAGACCAUAAUUAGUGAAGGGCCAAACAAUAACACCUUAUGCAACCAGAAAGAAGUCCUUUUGUUUAAGUUUAUUAGUUUUUUCAGUAGCUUAGACUUUUGAGAUUUAGAUGUUAUAAUGUAAUAUACAGAAUAUAUACUAGAUAUGGUCUUAGCAGAUUAGCUAGUGUAGUUCAAUUUCUAUCUAUAAAACUAAGAAUAUUCUCAGUAUUAUGGCUUUUUGUUUUGUUCUUGUUCUGUUUUUUUCUUCUUAAGUUAGUUUUUGUAGUUGCUUAGGCUUUUGAGAUUGAGAGUUUUUGUAGUUGCUUAGGCUUUUGAGAUUGAGAUAAUGAUGAUUAUGUAAUAUACAAAAUACUAGAUAUGGUUCUUCUUCUCA